UACUAAUAUAGUACUAUUGGAAAAUCGGCACGUCGCCGUCUCGCAGUCGAGCAACCGCGCCACACGUCUUAGGCACCGCAGUGCCGACCGUCCACACAGCGCACACUGCACAGGUACGCCGCCGCCGCCGCCGCCGCCGCCGCCGAGUGCAGUGAACUUGAUCGAUUACGUCAGCGUCCGUCGUCGUUAGCCUACUGCUGCUGCCGCCGCCGCCGCCUGUAGUUCGCCCCUUUUUUAUCUCUCUUUUUUUUUCCCACGCACACACACACGCGCGCGCGCGUUUUCGCGUAUUAUACAUAUCUGUAUACGUAUGCACGCAUAGUAAUAACAUUGCAAUAGUUAUAAUCAUAAUAAAUAUCAAACAAUUAAUAAUAUAAAUAAUAUAAUAGUAAUACAAAACGCGCGUCCGUUUUUUUUUGUUAUCGUUUGUUCAUUGUCGAACUAAAGACGUUCGCAAAAGCGUCUCGUGUCUUUGUUCGACCGUUCGACGUCGACGCGCAUCGCGCAAACGGUUCGCCGCGGUUUUUCGCGUGUAUCGCCGACAACGUCAAGCAGCAGUCUCUCUCUGUCGCUCUUCCGAGCCUCAACAGAUCAUUACGUUGCCCGCACCCGGUCAAGACCCAUCCGAAUCGCAGCCCCGACCGAUCGCGAAAACCUUCCGGAAAAUCGUCGUCCUUCCGUAAAAAUCGUUUUAAUUAUACAAUAUAGUCCCGUAGCGUCUCGUUUGCUCAGAUAGAGGGUCGCUGCGUACGAACGACUUGUUAUUCAUCAUCGUUUCGUGUUAGAAAUUAUUCAAAAUUCCGGUCCCGACGAAGAACUGCGCCUUUUCCGGCCGAAACGACGACGGCAGGAUGAACACGAAGAGAAAAAGUCGCGCCAACACCAACAGCACCGGGACGAGAGCUCCUCGGACUAGAGCCUCAUCUUCAGGUGGAAAUGGAGUUAAUGCCCAGGUAUCCGGUGCUGAUGGAAUAUAUUUAAAUGAAACAUUUAUGCAUCGUGUUACUAGUUUAAUUGGGCUUGAAGUUGAAAUAGUAACUCAUUCUAAAGAGAUGUAUUCGGGUAUUUUGCGCACAUUCUCUAGUAAUUUUGAUGUUGUAUUAGAACUACCACACAGGACUGAUCCUCCCCCAUCAAGCCAAUCAAUAGGUUUAAAGAUUGUAGCUGAUAAAAUGAUAUUUAAAUUUGACAGUAUAGUAAAAAUUGCUGCAUAUGAAACAGAUUUAGAUAGUAUGACUCGAAAUACAUUCCAAACUGAUACAACUAUUAGUAAAUAUAAUGGACAACCUUCAGGUGAAAAAGUAUUGGAAAUGUGGGAGCCGCCAUCUAUGAAUGGUGAUAUGGAUGAUUUUGAUUUAAGUUCUGGAAAUAAUAAUGCUAAUGGUUGGGAUGCUGAUGACAUGUUUAGAAGAAAUGAGCAAGAACAUGGUGUAACAUCUUCUUUUGAUCAAAAUUUAAGUGGUUAUACAACAGAAAUACGAACAGAUUUAUCAAAUUUCAAAAAUGAAGAAGCAAAAGCUGCUCGUUUAGCUCGAGAAAUUGAAAGUAACCCAAGUUCUCAAAAUAGAGCCAAUUUAGAAAAUGGUGAUGAAGAAGAAAGGUUUGCUGCUGUUUCAAGACCAGCAAGUGAGAUGUCAAAUAAUCACAAUGAUGGCAAAUAUAAUACGACUGGACGUCGUAAACCUGGACCACAACAGCCAGCCAACAGUGCAUAUGGUUUGUUUAAUAGGAACCGUAAACACCCAGAAAAAUAUUCUAGCAGUGGAUCUAAUGAGCGAUGGGAAUGUGUUUCUGGUUCAGGGACAAAAAAUAGCAACCAAAAUCGAGGACACGCUCAUCAACAAAAUGGUAACAGCAACGUGAACAAAUCCACUUUGCCUCCUUAUCACAACAGUGCUAAUCAAACGUAUGCUGCCAAUAGUCGUGAAUCACCAGUUUCUGUCAACGGCCAAACUGAUAAACGAACAUCAGCUCCUAUUAAUAAUCGUAGAGAAACUUCUUCAUCUGGUUCAAGACAUGUAUCUGGUCGUAAUAAUUAUUCAUCUAAUGACAAUCAAUCAUUACCUUCUUCAUCAAGAUCAUCACCACCAACAGUUCAAGGUCAUCAUAAUCAAAUAGCUAGUGUACCUCCUCCUAGAUAUCAAACGGCCACUUACACUCAACAGACGAGUACAACAAAUUCUCGUCCUAAUGUCAGUACAUCAUAUGCUGCAGCUGCUGAUAAAUCUGUGCCAAAAACACAACCACCACCACCUAUUAGAGUAAGGGAUGAAAGUCUUAAUUCUGAACUGAAACGUUUUAGUACAGACUUUAAUUUAUCUUCGCCAUCCCCUCAAAAUAACCCUAGAGUUACUUCACCUGCAUCAGUUGUAUCUGAAAUACCCAAACAACAUGCUGCUCAAAUACCACAUUCUGAGCCACCUUCUCCAUCUGUACAAGAAGGACCACAUGUACCCGAAGAAGUGACUGAAUCUCCUGUUUCACCUCCACAAACAUUAUACAAACUUCAAGAAGUGCAGAUUGAAAAAAAUGUAGAAAAUUUAAAAAAAGAUCAAACUGAAAAAACUUCAGAAGAAAAUAUAACUCAAAUGCCAGAUAAAACAGUUGUACAGACAUCUAAGCUCAAUCCUAAUGCCAAAGAAUUUGUUUUUAACCCAAAUACUAAACCUUUUAUUCCACGAUCACCUAGUACUCCAAAUUCAUCUAGACCAAUGACCCCUCAAACACCAACAACAAAUAUAGUUGCUACUACUAAUCAACAUCAACAAAUGAUCCAAGCACAACAUGGACCAGCAAUAGCUAUUCCAGCUGCUGCUUAUCAUCAUCACCAUCAUCAACAUGCACCGGGUACAGGGCAAAUGGUUACACAUCAAGCUCCACCUCAUCCCCAUCCAGCAUUCACUAUGUUACCUACUGUAUUUGUUACUUCAAAUUCUGCAUUUAAUCAUCAUCCUCACUCAAUGCCUCCACAACCACCUAAUCAAGCAGGGCGAUUUCGUAAAAUGACUGUGGGAAUGUCUCAUAGAAGUGAUAUAGCUUCACAAAUUCAAGUAGCUGCUGCAACUGGACAACCCCUUUUGGCACCUGCGCCACUUCAAGCACAAUUUGCUGUACCAGGAUAUAGUCCUCAGCCUAUGCCCACACCUCAAGCUUAUCAACAAGUUCAGAUGGUUCGUAUGGUGCCCCAGCAAGGAGGAGGCAUGAUGCCUACUUUAGUGCCUACUUCAAUAGCCUACCACCCAGCUAAUGCAGGUCAGUUAAGUCAAAUGGAAAGUGGUGUACCCCAAGGUCCACCUUCUUACCAUCACCAUCAUCAUCACCAAGCAUCACAACAUCACAUAAUGAAUCAGCAACAGACUGCUCAGUCUCCAGCACCACAGCCUGGACCUCCACAAACACCUGGACAGUCUCAAACUCCUGUUAAUUUCCAACAACCUCCCCCCCAACAAUCACAACCACCUCCUUUCCCAGCGGGUACAACAAUUAUGUGUCCUAUUUUGCCAACACCCACUGCAUCGCAACAGCCAUCGGCACCUAAUACACCUGGGUCGGCACCUCCGAUGCAACAACCUCCACCACAGCAGCACCAACAAUAUAUUUCCCAUCCACACCAGCAUCAUCAAGCAGCAUCUGCGCAAGCGCCACACGGGCAAUACCAUUUAUAUUCAACCAUUCGGGAAUCAUGAGAUAUAGCCAACUCAUUCGAUCCUAGUCCACAUUUAGUAAGAGCAAUAAAAAAUUUCUCGGCGUUUAUCAAGUCAUAUAAAACAAUUGUCAGUUCAACCGAAAAAUCUUGAUUGUCAAGAAGCUUCAAGCUCAAAAUUUACCAUUAUGUAUGGUUACAAUAACUAUGAGCUAGCUUUGGUUAAAUGUUGUUCAAUAUCUGUUAUUUAUUUAUUAUUAUUAUUUUCUCGUUCUUUACAAAUKAUUAUUAUUAAUUUUAUUAUUUUUUCCAUUGAAUCCUUCAGAGGUUACUUCAUUUUAUUUGUUAUGCCAGCAUGAAAAGAAAGUUCUAGAAC